AUCUUGACAGCCAGCCCAACGUGAGCGAGAGUCCCGUUCUGAUUUCUCGUUGUUUCGACGGAAAAAAGUUUCAAACGUGAUCAGCUCGGUUUUCGGCAAGCGGUGAUAAUUUCAAACACAAAAUGUACGGUCCACAGCAGCCGAUCUUGGUUCUCAGUCAGAACACAAAGCGAGAGAGCGGCCGAAAGGUGCAGCUGGAGAACAUCAAUGCCGGCAAGACCAUCGCCGAUCUGAUCCGAACAUGUUUGGGACCUCAGGCAAUGUUGAAAAUGUUGAUGGAUCCGAUGGGUGGAAUCGUGAUGACCAACGAUGGAAACGCUAUCCUGCGAGAAAUCACCGUUCAGCAUCCGGCUGCCAAGAGCAUGAUUGAAAUUGCCCGCACCCAAGACGAGGAGGUGGGAGAUGGCACUACUUCGGUCAUUGUUCUGGCUGGCGAGAUGUUGGCCGUUGCCGAGCAGUUUCUGCAGCAGCAGAUUCAUCCAACGGUCAUCAUUCGGGCCUACCGAGAGGCGCUCGAGGACAUGAUCAAACUGUUGCAGGAAGAUGUCAGCGUUCCUCUGGAUAAAGCCGACAAAGCCAAGCUGGCCGAAGUUGUCAAAUCCUGCGUGGGAACGAAAUUCAUCGGUCGUUGGUCUGAUUUAGCCGUCAAGAUAGCUUUGGAUGCAGUCGAAACGGUCAUGUUGACAGAAAAUGGUCGUACCGAAAUUGAUAUCAAGAAGUACGCUAAGGUGGAAAAAAUUCCCGGAGGUUCCAUCGAUGAUUCAUGCGUGCUACGUGGAGUCAUGUUGAACAAGGACGUCACUCAUCCGAAAAUGAGACGUUACAUCGAAAAACCACGUAUCGUUCUGCUGGAUUGUCCAUUGGAGUACAAAAAGGGCGAAAGCCAAACGAAUGUGGAAAUCGUUGGAGACCAAGACUUCACCAAACUGUUGCAAAUCGAAGAGGAACAUGUGGCUAAGGUUUGUGCAGAUAUCAUUGCCGUCAAGCCGGAUGUUGUGUUCACCGAGAAAGGAGUUUCUGAUUUGGCUCAGCACUUUUUGUUGAAGGCAGGAAUCACUGCCAUUCGCCGUCUUCGUAAAACUGAUAACAAUCGCAUUGCACGAGCCUGCGGAGCUACAAUUGUUAACCGCACAGAGGAACUUUCCGAAAAAGAUGUCGGUACUGGUGCAGGAUUGUUUGAAAUCAAGAAACUUGGGGAUGAGUAUUUCUGCUUCGUCACAGAAUGUGCCGACCCGAAAGCUUGCACAAUUCUGCUUCGGGGAGCCUCCAAGGAUGUGCUUAAUGAGACCGAACGUAAUCUCCAGGAUGCCCUACAUGUUGCUCGUAAUUUGAUGUUGGAACCUCGUUUGCUGCCAGGAGGAGGCGCUGUCGAAAUGGCCAUUUCUCAAGCUCUCACAAACAAACAAAUUCAGGGUCCGUACCGUGCUGUUGCUCAGGCUCUAGAGAUUAUUCCACGUACGUUGGCUCAAAACUGCGGAGCUAAUACCAUCCGAACGCUAACUGCUCUUCGGGCUAAGCAUGCUUCUCACCCGGCCGGAUCCGGUCCUUGCACCUGGGGAAUCGAUGGCGAAUCUGGACAAAUAGUUGACAUGAAAGAAAAAGGCAUUUGGGAGCCGCUGUCCGUAAAGCUGCAGGUUUACAAAACAGCCGUAGAAACCGCGAUUCUUUUGCUGCGCAUCGACGACAUUGUGUCCGGUUCGAAAAAGAAGAACGACGACGGAACGGGCGCAACACCGGCGCAGGCCGCCCAGGGAAUGGAAUAAUUCUCUGCUACAAGUUUUUCGUAUUAGUUUACUGAGUUCACUUUUAUCACAUAUUCCUUUCAAUAACCACCAAAAAGCAUUCAACUUUAAUCCACUCAACACUCACCCAGUUUGCUAACAUUAAAACCUUCACGAUUUUUUUUCGGUGAUGCCUGAAAAUCAUUUAACAAUAAUGUUACUCAACGAAAGCGCGAUUGCAUAAAGAAGCUUCGUAAUAAUGAA